CCUAGUCUCUCUCUUUCUCUCUUCCAAUCUCUAAUCGUCCGAUCAAAACGUUCCCCGACUUCACAUAAUGGCUACAUCCAACGGCGAGAAAAGUUUGAUCGUGAGCUUCGGUGAGAUGCUCAUUGAUUUCGUCCCAACCGUCUCCGGCGUGUCCCUCGCUGAGGCUCCUGGCUUCAUCAAAGCCCCCGGUGGUGCACCCGCUAACGUUGCGAUCGCCAUUUCCCGUCUUGGCGGUCGUGCUGCUUUUGUCGGAAAGCUGGGUGACGACGAGUUCGGUCACAUGCUUGCCGGAAUCUUGAAACAGAACGGCGUCUCAGCAGAAGGCAUCAACUUCGACACCGGAGCCAGGACUGCACUCGCUUUCGUGACGCUAAAAGCUGAUGGAGAACGUGAGUUCAUGUUCUACCGGAACCCUAGUGCUGAUAUGCUCCUCCGUCCCGACGAGCUCAAUCUUGAUCUCAUCAGAUCUGCUAAGGUGUUCCACUAUGGAUCAAUAAGCUUGAUCGUUGAGCCAUGUCGAUCUGCUCACUUGAAAGCCAUGGAGGUGGCCAAAGAAGCUGGUGCUUUGCUCUCUUAUGAUCCGAACUUGAGGCUUCCUUUGUGGCCUUCCAAGGAGGAGGCCCAGAAGCAGAUUCUUAGCAUCUGGGACAAAGCUGAAGUUAUCAAAGUCAGCGAUGAAGAGCUUAUGUUCUUGACUGGUUCUGAUAAGGUUGAUGAUGAGACAGCUUUGUCUCUGUGGCACUCUAACUUGAAACUUCUCUUGGUCACUCUAGGUGACAAGGGUUGUAGAUACUACACCAAGGGCUUCCGUGGGUCUGUUGAUCCUUUCCAUGUGAACGCAGUUGAUACAACUGGUGCUGGUGAUUCAUAUGUUGGUGCCUUGCUUUGUAAGAUUGUUGAUGAUCGUGCUGUGCUCGAGGACGAACCUCGUUUGAGAGAAGUGCUAAGGUUUGCAAAUGCUUGCGGAGCCAUCACCACGACAAAGAAAGGAGCAAUACCAGCUCUCCCUACUGAGUCUGAUGUCCUGAGCCUCCUGAAAGGAAACUGACUUACAAAUAGUCAGGAGUUUUAGGAUUUCAAGUUUUAGUUUUUUUUUCCUGGCUUUUGCUAUUCUGCUAUGAAACUCAUUUUAUUCAACAUUCAAGGUUUUUUUUUUGUUUUUAUCUUUCUGAUUACUUCGAUGAAUAAACAACUCUUUGUGUCAAGUUAAGUGAACAACUGUUUAAAGAACAAUUGCUUGAGGAUAACA